AAUCUAUAAAUACUUCAAUAUACAAAAACACAAACAAACUCAUCUUCCAAUAAUCGCAUCUUUAGCAUAUUUUCUCUCUCCAACUCCAAUACUUACUUUUACAACUAUGGAAGCUUACUCCGCCACCUCUUAUCCUUCAUCUAAGUCUCAAAGUAAUUCACUACUCAACUCCGUGAGAAAAACACAACCUAAACCAUGGAAAAAAACUUCAGUAAUAGCUCCACAACCAUCAACAGCUAUUAGGGUUUAUGAAGUGGAUGUUAUGAAUUUCCAAGAGCUUGUUCAGCAACUCACCGGUGCACCAGAAUUCAAGCCUCAUCAUCAUCAUCAUCAUCAACAACAAUUUGUCAAUGCUAGUCAGAGAGUGUCAUCGGAUUGGAACAAAGGGGUGCAAUCUCAUGAGGAGAGUAGUGAUAGGACAAAGCAACAGGGUGUGUUGGAGUUGAACUUGUCGUCACCGUCUUCUUAUAGUUGGUAUUCUUCUCUGUCAUGAAAAUAGGAAUCUGAAUAGUGACCGAUUGAGAAGAGUUCUUGUUUGGUCUUUCGAAAUUGUUUUAAUUGUAAUUUGCUUUAGUUGUGGCAGUUUGAUAACUGUUGCUAAUAAUAAAAUGUAAGAGAUGAAAUUUAUUUUAAUUUAAUAGAUGCUUGAUUAUCCAUCAUGGAUUGUUAAUUAGAUGCAAAUAAUCAUAUAUGAUCUAUUGACAUUAAGAAGAUUCUAUGGCUUCAAAAUCUAUGAACUUGCUAUAAAGGCAAACCAACAUUUCAUUCUCAGGUACACGCGGGUUAGCAUAAGCAAUGACACAAGCUCAAAUGUAACAGACCCAAAAAAAACCAUCAGCAGGCCCAAGCGGCUAGAAGAUUUUGUGUGAUGCAGUCAAAUACAACAAACGCAAAACAAGAGACAUUUUUAAAUAAGAGACAUUUUUAAAUAGAGAUGGAUAAGAAGUUUUUAGAGUUUGUUAAAUAUCUUAUUUAGAUACAGUAUUAGCCUUAA